AAUGCUGCUCAACAAGUUUCUCAAAGCCAGUGUGCGGUCUGGGAUCCGGCUGCAGGGCUCCAGUGCUGCAGCGAGCGUUGCAACUCCCAACGCUGCAUCCCUCGGCUUCUCAUUUGAGCUGUCGGAUCAGCAAAAAGAGUUCCAACAGCUGGCGAGGAGGUUUGCCCGUGAAGAGAUCGUCCCUGUUGCAGCUGCCUACGACAGGAGUGGUGAAUAUCCUUUUCCCAUCAUCACCAAAGCAUGGGAGCUGGGUUUGAUGAACGGCCACAUUCCACAGAAAUAUGGUGGAAUGGGCUUGUCAAUCUUUGAUAACUGCCUCAUCACAGAGGAGUUGGCUUAUGGCUGCACUGGAGUACAGACUGCUAUCGAAGCAAACUCUCUGGGACAAAUGCCUGUUAUUAUAGCUGGCAGCGAGGCACAGAAGAGUAAAUACCUGGGAAGGAUGAUGGAGGAGCCACUCAUGUGUGCGUACUGUGUGACGGAGCCCGGGGCAGGCUCUGAUGUGGCCAGCAUCAAGACCCGAGCUGUGAAGAUGGGCGACGAGUACGUUGUUAAUGGGCAGAAGAUGUGGAUCACCAAUGGUGGGAAAGCUAACUGGUACUUCCUCCUGGCCCGCACUAACGCAGAUCCUAAAUGUUCUGCCGGCAAGGCUUUUACUGGCUUCAUUGUGGAAGCUGACACUCCAGGAAUUCAAAUUGGACGGAAGGAGCUGAACAUGGGCCAGAGGUGCUCUGAUACCAGAGGCAUCACAUUUGAGGACGUGAGGAUACCGAAGGAGAACGUCCUGAUCGCAGAGGGGUCUGGCUUCAAAAUUGCCAUGGGUGCCUUUGACAACACGAGGCCACCAGUGGCAGCGGGAGCAACCGGCCUGGCACAGAGGGCCCUUGAAGAAGCUACCAAAUAUGCACUGGAGAGGAAGACCUUUGGCAAAGUUAUUGCUGAGCACCAGGCCGUGUCCUUCAUCCUGGCUGAGAUGGCGAUGAAGGUGGAGUUGGCGAGGAUGGCGUACCAGCGGUCCGCCUGGGAAGUGGACCAGGGCCGCAAAAACACUUACUAUGCCUCCAUCGCCAAAGCCUUCGCUGGAGACAUCGCCAACCAGGUGGCCUCUGACGCUGUUCAGGUAUUUGGAGGCAACGGCUUCAACAGCGAUUACCCGGUGGAGAAGCUGAUGAGAGACGCCAAGAUCUACCAGAUCUACGAGGGCACCGCUCAAAUCCAAAGGAUGAUUAUUGCCCGAGAACACCUGGGAAGAUUCAAGAACUGAACUCUGCACAGCUGACUUGCCCUCGCUCAAAUGUACUAAUGUUGUAACUAUUCUACACGUGUGUUCCUGGAGUUAGAUCUGCUUCUUUACAAUCAGGAUACAGUUGCAAAAUGUUGUUUGCCUUAACGGCACUUCACUUCCCACAUUGCAGUCAACCUUUCUAAUGUGAACAUCAGAACUUUCUAUAGUAUUUUUCUAAAUGCAGCCCAGAAUUAUUGCCUUAUAUAUAUUUGUUUUUUCUUGCAAAUCACUGCAUUCAGGUGAAAUAUCACAUGACUGUCCUGUCAGGCUCCAGCCUCUGUGGGUUGUACAUACUGGCAGCCAGGCACAAACGCAUCACUGCUCACACAAACUAAUGUAUACGAUGUGAAUGACAUCCCUCCACUCCUCCUUGAAAGAAGCCAGGAAUGUAAUGCUCAGAUUAUAAUGUAUAUUGUUUGUACUGAUAUUAAACGUAUCAGACUGUU